AUGGAUAGAAUCUUAUCAUCAGUUGCAAGCAAGACUCGAGGUAGUGUCGGGCGAGCAGCAGCCCAUAGAACAUCGCCAGUGCCACCCAACCAUGAUUUGAUUCUCUAUGAGUACGAAGCAUCCCCUUGGUGCCGGAUUGUUCGAGAGUACCUGACCAUUUUGGAUUUGAAGGCUCAGAUUCGACCUUGUCCUCGCCAAACUUUGUUCAUGGAGGGUGCUUACGACAAGGAGUCAAGAUUUCGACCAGAAGCCAUGCAAUAUCUGAAAUCAUCACACCAGACUGAUGACAUGACCUUUCCCAUUCUUGUGGAUCGCACCAAAGCAAAGGACUCUCCGGAGGUAAUUGUGGAGAGUUAUGCCAUAUUGGAACAUCUUUGGCAGCAAUAUGGUCAGAGCGUCGAGAAAGGUCAGAAUCGGCCGGAUCAGUGGUGGAAUUCACCUUCCAUUCCAUUUCCAAUCCGAUUCCUGUCGUUGGCAGGACCAUCUUACUUGCGCCCAUUUCCGUCCUGUGGGAUACUUAAGACUCCAUCAACGUGGGACAAUGGUACGGAAAUUACCCUCUAUCAAGCAGAAGGCUGUCCAGAAAGCCGACUCGUUCGAGAAACGCUUUGUACGCUGGAGAUUCCGUACCUGAGCAUUGCGGCCGGUAUAAAUUCAUCUAACUCUUAUGAUCCGGUGAAAGGUCAUCCGACACCCAUCCUCGAGGACGGUACCCACGUUUUCUAUGGUGCUAGUGAGUGCAACAAUCAUUUGUGGAAAACCUACAAGGAUCCAAGUGGCAUGAUGCCAAGGUUUUGGAACAUGCUUUCGGAUGGAGAGAAUUUGGGAAGAGCUGGAUCUUGGGGUGUGGGUGCCUACACGGCAUUUUUGAAAGGAGCAAGAGACUUUGUUCCUCAACAUGCCAUGAAAUAA